CGACGACCACCCACCUUCACAGACACCCCAGAAUGCCUCCAGAGAGACAACCCGUGCAUAAGCGGAGACGACUCCCCUUCAAUCCUCCCAGUCGGACAACGACACCAGCAACCGCAUCUGCAUCCGCAUCCACCUCUGCCGCCGCCGCAGCAUCAUCAUCAUCCUCCUCCAAACCCAAGCCCAAGCCUAGCACCGAAAAGAAAACCACCACCACCAAGAACCCGCGACCCUCCCCAUCGCCAGCCCCCUCCUCCCGAUCCUCCCGAUCCUCCAACAACGGCACCUCAUCCCCCACCUCCGCACGCUCAAUGUCCUCCGACCCAGAGCCAGAGCCAGAACCAGACUUCAUCCUCGCCGAGAUCAUCCACAAAACGCAGUCCGACGACAUCCUCACCAACGACCCCGUCAUCCCGCCGAAGCUGCUGACCACCCUCCUGCAUCACCAUUUCCAGCACCAGAAGACCAAGGUCGCGAAGGACGCGAAUACCGUCGUCGCGAAGUAUGUGGAUGUUUUUGUGAGGGAGGCGUUGGCGAGAGCUGCUUUUGAGAGGAGCGAGGCGGUUGGGAAGGGCGCGUCCAUUGGGGAUGGCUUUUUGGAGGUCGAGGAUUUGGAGAAGAUGGUGCCGCAGCUUAUAAUGGAUUUCUAGGCUUGGGGCUGUAGGUUGGAUUAUCCAUGGUUGGGGAAAGGAGUUUUCGGGUUGGGUUGGUUUUUGUUGUAUUUGUCUGUUUGGGAUUAUGAUACCAGGGACUGUAGAUGGGGGCUUGGCAAGAAGACUAUGAUGACAUUUUGCUGCGUUGCAGUGAUUAGUUAGGUCAGUCGCAGGUCGAAGCCGAUGAGAUGGAAUUAAAUCAG